UCACUCUCAUGUUAUCUGAUUCUGAGCUCACUAUGCAACAGUUGUGUGCAGCGAUGCAGUUGAACAGGUUCUUGUUCCAGGGAAUAGAAAGAACAAGAAGGUAGUUUGAUCACAUCACAAUAGUUUGAUCACAGAACACUAGAACAUUUAUCAGACUGCAGUGCCUCAAUAGGACCGAUUCAACCAGGAAUGAAGGGGGCUCAACUAGACUGUCUGUGUGUGACUCUUCUACAUCUCCUACACACAGCAGGCUCUGAGAGGUUUGAGGUUCUUGGUCCAACUGAUCCCAUUGUUGCUGUAGCUGGUGAUGACAUCAUUUUGCCCUGUUACCUCAAACCCAACAUCAGUGCUGAGGACAUGACAGUGGACUGGCUGAACCUGGACUUCACAGACGGUCGUGUCUAUCGCUACCAAAACCACAGAAUCAUACGAGAUGAUCAGAUUCCCUACUAUGGAGGAAGAACUUCACUGUUUGAAGAGGAACUGUGGAGGGGAAACACCUCUUUGAAACUGACCAGGGUACAAGGCACUGAUGAGGGACGUUACAAAUGUUUUAUUAAGGCAAAAAGCUGGUAUGAUGAUUUCACUAUUCAAGUCCUCGUUAAAGCUGUAGGAUCCAAGCCAGUGGUGUCCAUUGAGGGACACAGAGAGGGAGGGAUGGGUCUGCUGUGUGAAUCAGAAGGCUGGCACCCUGAGCCUGAGCUGGUGUGGCUGGACAGUAAAGGAGUCCAUCUCUCUGCUGGUCCUCCUGAGAUACACAGAGACUUAAAGGGAUUCUACACAAUCAAACAACAUGUCAUUGUCCAGGAGACUGACACCAACCGCUUUACCUGCAGAGUCCAACAGAGCCGGAUCAAUGAGAAGAUGGAGACAGAGAUUCACCUCCCUAGUGAGUUAUUUGAUUACGCAACCCCAUUGAGAAUGGCCUUCAUUGUGUUAUUCUGUCUGGGAGCCGUCACUGUGAUUGGAUUAGCUCUGGCUAUCUACUGCAUACAUAAUAAGAAAGAUUACAUCAAGAACGAGAAGGAUGUCCUCAAGAAGGAGAAGGACAAGGAGUCCCAGAGAGAGACUAUAUCUACUAGUGUUCAUGUUAAUGAUGUUCUCACUGUCUUCCAUCUACUCUACAUAUUUACAGUUGUCAUCACUGGGAAGCUAGUUAAGGUUGAAAAGGAUCUCACCAGUAAACUGGAAAUACUGGCUUCUCAGCUGGAUUUUGUGAACACAAACUGGAGUCCAGAUUUUGAAACCAUCAGAAGACAUGCAGUGAAUGUGACUCUAGACCCUGAUACUGCACAUCGUAACCUCAUCCUGUCUGAGGACGGGAAACAAGUGAGACAUGGAGAACUAAAUCCGGUUCUCUCUGACAACGGGAAGAGGUUUACAAAUUGGUCCUGUGUCCUCGGAAACGUGGGCUUCUCAGGGAAGUUCUACUAUGAGGUGAAGGUGGAGGGGAAGACUGAGUGGACUUUGGGAGUGGUCAGAAAGUCCAUCGAUAUGAAUGAAAGGUUUAGACCGAUCCCUAAUAAAGGAUGCUGGACUUUAGAGCUGGAGGAUGGAAAGUACACAGCUCAUGCUGAUUCCCCUGUCACCCUCUUACUGAGAGAGAAGCCCCAGAAGGUGGGGGUGUUUGUGGAUUAUGAGAAGGGACAGGUCUCCUUCUACAAUGUGGAGGACAGGUGUCAUAUCUACUCUUUCACUAGCUGCACCUUCACUAAGAAACUCUAUCCAUUCUUCAACCCUGGUGGUUCAGAUAGUGUUUCACUGGUCAUCUGUCCUGUAGAUGCCACUGACUGACUGUUUUAAAUCAAACAAGGUGCAAUUGUUAUUUGUGAAAUGCUUGUUAUUCUGCUAAUGUGCAGUAAAUAUACUGUAUAUAAUAAAAAAGUAUAGAAAACAAACCAAAACAGUUUAACAAGAAUAAUGCAAUAUUUGUUACAGGAGUUUACUUACUUGGACUUUUUAAUUAUAUACAGUACCAGUCAAAAGUUUGGACACACCUACUCAUUCAAGGGAUUUUCUUUAUUUUUACUAUUUUCUGCAUUGUAGAAUAAUAGUGAAGACAU